GCAGGAUUGGUUUUUAACGUCCACAAAAUUCAAUACUGUCUGAAGCGGGUUGAGAGUUGGAGAAGGAACACCAAGUAAUUCCCGGCACUGACGACUUUAGUUUGAGUUGGCUUUUGGAUCAAUCCGAAUUAAUCGGAAGAAUGGCCAGAUGAACAAACAUGCUAAAGGGUUUCUCCUUUGAAAUCGAGAAUUGUAAAGGAAAUGUAAAUGUCGUGGCGGAUGCUCUAUCCCGUGCUUAUGAGGAUUUUCAAAUAGUUCCUCUAAGUGUUGAAGUUCUUCCAUUGCUUAAUUCAAUCGAUCGGCCGUCGUCGGGCCUGCGGACUUCGCUGGACAGUUCGAAAGAAUGGAUGAUUGGAAACUGCAGCAACCGUCUAACAGCUUACGAGAUGUUUUAUUCCAAGUUGGAUUUCAUUGUUCCGAUGUUUGCUGGGGUUAUGUACAAACUCGACAACCAGAUGAUUUGCAUAUCAAGACUCCAUGUCCCCUGCGAAGACAAUUGAUGCAAGGACCUAUGCUC